GAAGAAGACGUUUUGCAGAGUCUACUUCCGGGAUUUUUUACGCGUAUCUUUUGAGCUGUGUGCAUAUGAUAAACCCGUCUGUUAUUUACUAUAUUGUUUGAUCGCAGCCCUGUUUGUGCGUCUCUCUCGGUUUUAUGAUGUCUGUUUAGCUGCAUCGUAAUGACGCCACAGAGGGCGCACUCGCUGUGCUGGCUAUGAUAUACACGUUAGGCUAAGUUAACAAGCUAACAUUGGCAGGACUUAGUACUUAUUUGUUUACAUUUUUUACAAGAUGUAUACUUUAUUAUCUGGUUUGUAUAAAUACAUAUUCCAAAAGGACGAAUACUGCGUUUUGAUUCUUGGACUGGACAACGCCGGAAAAACUACCUUUCUGGAACAAACCAAAACAAAGUUCAGUAAGAACUACAAAGGAAUGAAUUUAUCAAAGAUCACAACUACAGUUGGUCUUAAUAUUGGUACAAUUGACAUGGGGAAGGCUCGUCUCAUGUUCUGGGAUCUGGGAGGUCAGGAUGAGCUUCAGUCUCUGUGGGACAAGUACUAUGCUGAGUCACAUGGAAUCAUCUAUGUGAUAGACUCAACUGAUGAAGAGCGCCUGACAGAAUCAAAGGAGGCCUUUGAGAAAAUGAUCAACAGUGAGGUAUUAGAUGGUGUUCCUCUCCUUGUGCUGGCUAACAAGCAGGAUGUUCCGAACUGUUUGUCUGUACCGGACAUUAAAACAGCCUUCAGUGACUGUGCCCCAAAAAUUGGAAAGAGAGACUGUUUAGUCCAGCCUUGUACUGCCCUCACAGGGGACGGAGUAAACGAAGGCAUAGAAUGGAUGGUGAAAUGUGUGGUCAGGAACAUUCACAAACCUCCCAGACAGAAGGACAUAACAUAAGAAGUCAUCAGAACUCUCUACCCUCAUUUGGAAGUGAGGGUUUCUCCUUUAGGACAUUCCAUUAAAACCCUUGAGCUGAUGAAAACUCCAAUCUUCUUUAGUCGGCUGUGACUUUUUAAUGUCCUUUAGGAGUUCCUUAAAAACUUGUGGCAGUAUUUUUAUCUUGAAAAAUAAUUGAAGACAUGCUUUGGAAAGCUGUCUCUUUUCCACUUGUUCUCCUUAUUGAUAAUGUGGUUCACUGUUCUCCCUUUAUCAAAUCAACUUAGCCUAUUUGUAAAAAAAAAAUUUUAAGUUGAUUAAAGUAAAAUAUUACAGCUA